UAGUAAAUUGAGCUAACGGAGUAAAAAUAGUAAUGGAGAAAAAUAUAAAUCCUUUCAAACGACCUAUGAAUGCUCUACAAACUCAAUGGUACCGCAUUCUUCUUGCUCGUCGUGUUGGCAUUCAACCAACGCCCCCAAAAAAUGUGAACGAAGAUAAAAAACCUUAUCAAAAUAUAUGCCGUAAACGUUAUUUGACAGCAUUCCAGCGCUAUAACAAACAAUUUGUUAGAGAAAUCGAGCAACUGGAAGCGAUGCAACCAAGUGCAAUUGAUGCCAUGCGAAUCCACAGGAGCUUUUCCAUCACCACUUUCUGGCCACCAUUGCAUUCAAAACAUGAAAUAAAUUUGACUCUAGAGCACCUGGAGAAAGUAUUAAGUCUUAGAGAAAGAAGACGUCUAGAAGCUGUACUACAAAAACAAACAUUGAAGUAACUUCACUACUUAUUAUUGCCAAGUGAAUUUAAGUAGCUGUAAAAAUUUUAGGAAUG